UUCAGCUCCAGUGGUCAAAGAAGGCAGUCCCUACAGCUCCCUGCAGUCUGGAGACAGCAGAGGGUGAAACAGUGCAGGCUGUGGAAGAGAGUGUCCACAUUAUCGGCCAACCCAGGGCCAGAGAAGACACAAUUCAUGGAGAGACUACAGAGCACUUUCCACCCGCAGGUCCCUUCCCGCAGUCUGGCUGACGUGCAGGAUGAGGUUUCCAGCCUCCGGGGACGGUGCUCUGACCUCGCGCAGUGCUGGCGGACUGAGCAGCGCACCGACAGCACAGGUCCCUCCAGGUGGGAGAGGGAGUACGAGAGUCUAUUGAUGUUGGAAGGCCUCAUGGAGACCUCCUCAGGGCUUCUUCAGCGAACCGACCAGCUGAGGGAAGCGGUGGAGGCCUGGGAGAGAUUUCUUCCUGGUGAUCACUGUCCAGUGAAGAUGUGGAGGCUCUGGGGACAGAAAGGUGCUGGAGCUCUGUCCCUUCCAGUCCUAAGUUACUCUUCUGCAAAGGAGCUGAGAGAGCUUGAAGGGCUGAGACUCAGAGUGGACAUCCUGCAGCAACAGAUCCAUCUCCAGAAGGUGAUGGGCGAAGAGGUGACCCCCUGGCUACAGUCCGCACUGUCCUCGGGACGUCCCGCCCCAGCUGUGCUCCGUGGGCUAUACUCCCUGCUGGGUGAGGGGGGGCAGCCGUUUCCCACGUUAGUACUGGAUGAUGAGCCCGACUAAGAUGACCGUGUAUCUGCCGCACCCACCCGUUCGAGAACGUGAGGCUUUUCCGAAUUCGAUUACUCAAGGGAUCACAACAGCCCAAAUACCGCGAUAUUUUUCUCUUUAUUUUUCCACUUUUUUUUUUUAUCCAUCUGUUUGUUUGUUUUCCCCACUGCACUCCAUGAAACGAUCUUCACCUUUCAGAUGAAGAAUAGAGGGGCUCUUCCACAGGACAUGCUGAUGAUUUUGCAUCGAAGGAAGCAGUAGAAAAACUGUGAUGAUCACCGUGUCCACACUUGCUCAUGAAAAGGGCUUUUUGCUGAUGCCUUAAUUUAAACUACAUACGUGGUUUUGCCCAGAUAAGACGUAUUGUGAGCGAGUGAAGCCUUUUAGGAGAUCUUGCUGGUUUCAGGGAAACGCAAAGCUCUUGAAAUCAUUUCCUGUCAAAUAAAAGUUUUUGUAAUGGUAAUUGGUGCACUGGAAGGUGGGGAGACUGAAAAGGAGCAAACUUAGUCAUAUCGCUGGCACAGUGCCCGACUCAUAGCUUUUCAGACCAUUGCAUGUUUCAUUGUGGUGUGUGAGUCUGCAAGGCUUGUCUUCCCUCUGCCUUGCCUGUGCUUUUCAUUUGCAGUGCAUUCAAGGCUUUUUGAAACCGGAAGAUAGUGCCAGAUCUUUUAUGCUAUUAUAUUAAAAUAGUAGCACAGCACUCCGCUCCAGGUGCCAUAGUGCGGGGAAGUGUCUCUCCCCACAGCAGUCUGGCAUGCAGUGUAUUUAAAAUAGCUGAGUGGAAUGUUGUUUUUGGACUGAUUCCAGCUGUUUCAGAGCCAAUGUAAUUUUUUACUCAGGGUGCUUUCAAAAUAGGUAUGAGGACGACCCUAUCUCAUUUAAGCCACCAGUUAGUUCACGUGUGCUGGUAAUUGAUUAGAGAGGGUGACCUCUUGUUCUGAUUGUCUUAAUCGGCACCGCUGCAUUGUGGUGCCUCAUGGAUGUGAAACUAAUGUAGUAGAAAUCUUUGUUAGCCUUGAGCCUUUUUUAUUGCUGCUUAUUCAGUCAUCAUAUCAAUCCAUAGUGUGGUCUGGGAAACAAAAGACCUUCUGUUUCAUGCCUUUGUGUCCAUUUCCUCUUCUGUUUAACCAGUUUUCAUUCUUUAUUCAGAGUAGCUCUGAAAGGCGGUGGCACCAUCUUUGCUGCUCUUAGAAGAUGCAUUGUAGGUUAAACCUCUUCUUUUUAAUAUGUGACUAAUAUUCCUUGUACCUUCCGUUGCCAGUAUUCUCAUUUUAAUUUUUAAAUAAGGAGAAUACUGUAAUGGUUGCAGAAAAACAGCGUGAAAUAUCCUUGCUGAGAAACAAAGUGCCUUUUACUUGUAGUGUCUUUACUGUAGGCUCAGAAAGCAACUGAUAUCUUGUCUUGGUUGAAUCUACCCGAGCUCUGCCUCUGUGUACUUGCUGUUCCUUUCUCUUCUUCCCGUUCUUCAUUACAGAUCCAUCAAUCAGCUUUGCACUCUUGAUAGACGGGCCUCUUAAGUUAGGGUACCUGUAGACUGAGUGUCCUGAUAAAACUCCUGCUCUUGCCAUUCAGGCUGAGCGCUUAGCUGCAUAGCUUAACCUUAAUUGGCUCAAUAGUCCUAAUAUUAAUAACCUAAUAGUUUAAUUUGAACUUUCACCGCAUCUGCUGGUUAUUAUUCUGUCCGAGGUCUACACCUUCAGCGGUAAUGUCUUAAUUGAUCUGCUUACUUGUUUAAACUUAUUUCUUCACUCAUCACUCACAUUCAAAAAUCGCCGACUUCAAGGGUACAGUUUUUAACAGCUUCAACACACAGACCUCUCCUCAACUCACUUGCUAUUAUUUCUGACUAAACCGCUCUUGUAGGCUGAUCAAAGGAUGGCGAACAGACACAGGUGACACUAUCAUACACGCCCGCAGUGAGAAAUAUUUCCUCCUCCAGAGGUCCAGUUGAUUACAUUUGAGGCAACAUGUUUGAAUGAGGACAGUUCUGAAACUUGGAGUUGAGACCAACUCCAAAUCAUUGGAGCUUUUAAGAGCUGAAAGCUGAAAUUGACAAAUAUGCCACAAAAAUAAAACUGAAGUUAAUUAGCUUCUAAUUAUGAAUUCUGCUGGAUCAACAGCCAAAAGAGACCACAUUCCAAAACCGGCUUCAGUAGCAAUGGUCCUGGACAACAAAAGUUCAGUAGGUUUUAUAGGUAGUCUUUAAAUCAAUAAAUAAAUGCCAGGGAUAAUUUAACUAUUAUUGCUUAAACACAUGGUGUUUUAAAGUAAUUUAGGGAUCACCUGCAACAGCAAUCAAAAUGUUCUGAGUCUUCCGGGACCAGUGUUCCCUAUACUGAAAUGUUACAUGCUUAAUGAAUCAAUUGUCUAAACAAGUGUUCCUGAUCUUUAAAUAAUGGUUAACCUAAAAGAAUUAAUUAAUGCAUGGGUUCAGACCAGGGAUACUCCAGCUCUGAAGGGAUUUACUCUGCCAUGUGAUGUUGCUUUAUCUCAGCAGAGGGCACCCUACCCUUAUAUUGGUGGAAGCACAAGAUCGUUUCAGGUCCUCCCAGCGUUUUCUGCCAGGAUCAUUUUGUUGUCCUGACUUUAGAGUCUCUUGUUCGGUCAGUGUGAUUCUGAUUGCUCCUGUCCGGCAGGCUAAAUUCCUUUAACUCUUGAAAGUCAUUAAACAAAUUAAAGGAAUAUAAUUUACAUUGUUCCCAGGCUCCUACGAGCCUUUUAGAUCAUCAGUUGUCCUUUUGUCAUGUAUAACAGCAGAUCCCCCUUGUAAUCUUCAUCUUUUCAAAUAGGGAGGCCAUCUUCUUAACCAGCUAGCAACACCCUGUACAUUCAGUUAGGCCGUUUUGCCAAAACAUUAAACCCGGCUUCUACUGUAAGCAUGUCUUGGCAGUCAUGCAGAAAGAAGCCAGUUUGCAACUUACAGGCAGGAGAUGUUCCAGCUGAACGCUUUAAGAUGUGUGCCAGUCACUUCACCCAGUCCUCCUUGCCUCACUUAGGAAAUGUAUUGACGUGUGACGAUUUCUUCAGUUCCUUAAAGAGGUGAUUUGUUUGAAUUUAAAGCAAGGCAGAAUAAAAGGAGAAAAUACUUUGACAACUAAGCCUUGCAUUAAAACUCUGCUGUAACAAUGUAUAAAUAUACCUGUGUAUUUCAUAAAACCCAUGCAGGCAACAGCAUGCAGUAUUGCAAUUGAUGCCUACUGUUCAUUUGCAUUACAGAAUAAUAUUCGACUCAAGUGGCAUCAAUACUAUGGAGCAGAUUCUUCAGGGAAGUUUCUGCUUGGUACAGUGAUUACUGAGUGGCACCAAAUUGCAUGAUUGCAGCCGAGCAAAAUGCUGCUUUUGGUGGUGCAUUAUGAGGGCCCUCUUUCACAGCACAUGGUUAUGGCUGUUAAACUGAGGUGGCUUACCAAGGAGCGAAAACGUAGAUCUCUGAUAUACAGUAGAAGUCAGUAUUCGUGUCGGGAACGAUUGCAUGGAGUGUCUGGUGGUGAACCAGUCAGACUCUCUCCAUUCUCCUUCACCCUCAUGUCAAAAGUCCCUAAUCGUUAACAGGUGGGCAGUGUCAUUUUGCUCCCAGUCGUAUUUAUUUAUUUUAUAAAUUAUACUUUCUCCAGUCAGCUUUGCAUUGUUCGUGCAGCUGCCUCAGAGCUUGCGUGGUCUCAGGUUCAGUUCCAGUCCAUCUGUGUGGAGUUUGCAAGUUUCUUCCUCCCAGAGACACGCAGGACAGGUUUGAUUGGCUGCUCUAAAUUGUUCCUCCCAGGGUUCAGUCCUGGUCCCAGGGAGAUGGGCGUAUCAUCUCGUUUGUCCCACCUGCCACAAAUGCCACUGCGCAGGUGUUGCUUGCUUGAACUACUUAUCCAGGCCACAAAACGCGAAGAAGAAACCAAGGGCAGUAUUCCAGUCUGAAGAACAGCUUGCGCUUCUUCUUGGGCCACGUACUGCGGGUGUGUGGAGCCAAAUGCCGAGUCGUUUCACAGAUGCUGAGUCACUCAAGAACCUUCAGGCAUCUGUUUCACGGGGGUCUGUGGAUCGAUAGGCUGCUGUGCAAGUGUGCUAAGUGGCAAACGAGACGCUUGUCAGGUGUAACCGUUCUUCUGAGCUUCACAAGGCAAACGUUUUGGUGGUUUUGGUUUCACAGAUUUUUUUGCCUCCACUUAAAAUUCCCAGGAAAUGACUGGCCACUUAGUUCUCAGUGCUGCUGCUGGUAUAAAUAUAUACUCACCACGAUGCUGUGUCUUGCUCCCAGGGAUGCCCCUUGUCCGUGUAGGCAGAGCAGGAUGAGGGGAAACCAGAGAGAGAGUGCACCACUAAUGUUCAGCCACCCCAGGGAUUACUCUGCCUUUACCCAUUUAAAGAACCCGCAUAAUAAUAGAGUCCUUUAGCAUUUAAGAUGAUUAGGCUUGCAAGUAUGCAUAAAUUUUUUGUUUUCUUCCCAUUUCUUUGUACAAAUUGCACUGGGCCACCUUCCGUGUGGAGUUUGCAUGGUCUCACCCUGUAGGCUGUUUUGGGGAUCCCAGUUGCUGCAACCCAUACUACAUUACACAGCUUUCUGAUAAUAGAUUGAGAAUGCGCGGCCUGUUAUGACCAUUUUGACAAUUGGCGAGCAUGUCAUUGACAUCCGACUCAUCUGACGAUUUCGUUCCUGGAUGUAUCGGUAUGGCUGCAUGCCCGUUGUUUAGUUCUCAAAACGCGGACGUUCUCUAACCCCUUGAUAAUAGCUACGUUAGCUCCCAUCUAUAAAACUGGUCACCACAAACCUAGUAACUAUAGAUGAGUGAUCUGACCUCUAUUAAAUGUAUGGAAACAAUAAUUAGAACUAAAUUAGAGGAUCAACCAUAUGGCAUAUUCUAAGGGAUAGUUAGUAUAGAUUCAGAAGAGGUGGGUCUUAUUUAACUUGCAUUAUUUGAGCAAGCAACAACAUUGCUGGAUACAAGUGGAGCAUAUCAAAUUAAGGGGUUCAAUGUUAUAUUAAAAUUAUACAGUGCACUCAUAAGAUUUUAAUGAGAAUGCAGCGUUCAGUUUUGGUUGUCAAGAUAGUAGAACUGCACUGCCGCUCUUGAAUAAGUGCAAAGAGGAGCCCUCUUGGGCUUAAAGGAAUGUCCUGUUCUAACAGGCUAAAGGGACUGAAAUUGCUAAAACUUGAACAGAGAAGAUUAUGAGGAGACCUGGUUCAAGUAUUGAAUAUCCUAAGGGCAUUGCCCAAGUCAUCGCAAUGAACAUUUUCCAAUCCAUUGUUUUCAAAUAAAACAGAGAACAGGAGGCACUUUGUUACACAAAGGGUGGUGGGGGUAUGGAACAAGACACCCAGCUGUGUUGUUGAAUCUGUUACUGUCCCUUUCCAGAAAUGGUCGGAUGAUUUUCUCAGAUGAAACUGGCUUCCAAUAGCCCCUCGUUCUUAAUACAGUAAAGACGGGGCAAAAAGGGUUUUCUGCAUAAGCAACAGCAGCAGCUUGGCUGCCUUCUUGUUUGCAAAGUUCAGGCUAUUGUUGGGAAACACCGCUCUGAUUUAAACUUGGCAUUGCAGCUCCGAGGAUGCAGUGAUACCUCAUAUGUCCACUAUGGGUCUUUAUUUCAGUACUUUCACUACUUUAUUUCACUCACACUGUUCACGCAGGUGGGACUUGGAAGCCUUAAAAAAAAGCCUUCAAAAAGGCUUGCAGUUUUAUCAUGAAUAAUAAAGUUCAUCCUGCACCAUUUGGGGACCAAAAUCUAUUUGGAUUCCUGUAAACUAACAGCGAUUUUACAUGGAUCCUGUAUGUGUCCUUGUACCUGGCUUGCAGGAAACUUUGAUUUCCUCUGCAAUUCCUAAAGAAAUCCCACAGCACAUUUAAAGGAAUCCAGCAGGAGUUUUUGUGCAGGGUUUUUCCAUGACGUGAUGGCCCACACACUGAAUAUACCAUACACAGUAAAUGAUAUCUUGAUGAGCCAGGAUUUAGAAUAGUUACGGUGUAGAAUGUGUGGUCAGACCACCACCUCAGGCAUUUCUUUUUGUUCCUGCGCCAUAUUGCUUCCUGAUGUGGGGAAGUUUAAUGUUCUUAAAUGCCCGGGAGUGUAAUAUCAUCGUAAUGGAGUCUCUGUGAACGAGACCCGUGUUACACAUAUAUAACUGAGCUACUUGCAACCACAGUAAUCCCAAAACAAAUAACAAACCUCUCCUGUUAACCUUUUUUGGGUUUGCAACAGGAGUGAAGAAAUCCUCAGACUAAUUAGGUCUGGUUUGUAACAGCUUGUGCAAUCGUGCAUUGUAGCGGACAGCUUUUUGGAACCUGAUUGAUCACCAGUUUCCCUAUUUGCUCUUCCCUUAAUACGUGCUGUUUGAAAUUGAAUGUGCCUUAAAAUGUGCCUUCCUUGGCAUCAGAUCCCAUCUGCGGCAUGAAUGAGGUAUUUAAGAUUCCCGAGCUGGUGACAUAAUAUAGUGUAAACACAGGAAACAGCAGCCAUCAAUAAAGAUGCAAUUUACUUUCCUCACUGAAGGGAGAGUGUGUUGAGUCAUCGUGACCAUUAAUUAAAUUGUAUUUCUCUCCUAAACCUGUAAUUCUGGGACAGCUUCAGUCACGACAUUGAGAACUGGGGAGGGAGAAAAUGGAAACACUUAAAACGCAAGAAGCUUAGGUGACUUUACGCCGUGAGCUCCCGGUGAGGAAAAAUUGCCUUUGUUAAUUCAGAAGGCAGUCUUACUCACCCACCUUUCACUCUGUUAAGAUGAAAACAUGCAGACAAUCGCAUAAUCACGCUUUAGAUCUGUUACAAGCUAAAAGGGCUGUGUUUUUUCCAUCUUUGUCGUGAAGCACUUGGCAGUAUUAGAAUACACUUCACCACACACACAACACUGUACAAUAGCUCAGUUUGCCACAAGAUUUCUAGAGCUUGUGGGACAAAUCCCAGCAUCCAUGUCAGGCCCUGCAUGGUGUGUUUGUGCCAGUUCCACUUGGUGUCUCAUACACGUUCUCUUAUAAUCAAGGCUGCUCAUUUUAUAGUAGUGCCAGGCAAUACUCCGAAACAUGAAUAUGUAUUGAUUUUGAUGGGUACUGAUAUCUUUCUCUGGGAGCGGGGGUAUUGUGCUUGCAAGGAAUAGAUAUUCAGAAAUUGGGGAAUAGGAAAUGAGAGAACUUAGAUAUAGAAUCUUAUUGGAAUGAAAUUGUAUACCGGUAUGACUUUGUACAGUUAUGGAGGCACAGAGGCAAUUUGUAAUUACAUUUUCACCCACCUCUGAAACAGGCCCUUGCUAUGAACUGUGCACUGCAGAGGCAAAAUCGCAAGUUUGUCGCAUCACUUUAAAUCAAAGUGCUCCAGUCAAUAAUUCUGCUUCUGUUGGAUACACUUCUGGUUGCAUUUACUACACUACUGCGCUAAUGUCCAGUUAAGAUAGCCACUCAACUGUUUUGUAUCUGUUUAUGUACUGUAGUGUGUUAUGGAUAAAGUAUACAUUACUUCCUCCCCUCCA